AUGCCCAGCCCAAGUAAUUUAACAGAGCCGCAAUCGUUUUUGGGAAUGGUGAACUACUUGAACAGAUUUUCUCCAAUCUUAUCCCAGAUAUCAUUGCCUUUGCGACAGAUGACGAAAAAAGAUGUACCAUUUAUGUGGCAACCAGAGCAGCAACAAGCUUUCCAAGAGUUGAAGCAAGUAAUUACAGAAGCUCCAGUUCUAUCCUAUUACAAUCCUGAGAAGAAAAAUUUGAUCCAGUCAGAUGCAAGUUUAAAAGGAAUUGGGUGUGUGUUGAUGCAAGAUGGUAAGCCAGUAUGCUAUGCAAGUCGGUCACUGAGCGAAACCGAGUCACGGUACAGCAAUAUUGAGCGAGAACUGUUGGCUGCCUGCUGGUCCCUGGAGAAAUUUAAUCAUUAUGUGUUUGGCAAGAAGGUGGUAAUCGAGACAGACCACAAACCGUUAGAAAGCAUAUGGAAGAAGAGUAUCACUAGUGCAUCGCCUCGCCUACAGAGACUUCUCCUGAGAAUGUCGAAGUAUGAUGUUGAUCUACGAUAUAUCGAGGGCAAGAAGAAUGUAAUCGCGGACGCCUUGUCCCGAGUCAGCUGCAUGGAGCCACCUGUAGAUGGAAAUGAAGUGCCGAUGAUAGAAAUCAAUGAAAUUUCGAGUACAUUACCAGCAAGUCCAACAAAAUUGGACGAAAUACGGGAGCAAACAAGACAAGAUGCUACCUUGGAUCACUUGAAAGAAGUUAUACACCACGGAUGGCCUGAGUAUCCUAGCCAGUGUCCUUCUGACUUGAAGGAAUUUUGGAACUUUCGCGAAGAUCUUAGUGUUGAAAACGGCUUGGUACUGAAACGACAUCGUCUUGUGAUUCCAAGCAAACUCCGUCAACAGAUGUUACAAAUUGUGCAUCAGGGCCAUAUGGGCACGGAGAAAUGCCUUCUGAAGGCGAAAGACUGCUUGUUUUGGCCUGGGAUUUCGAAUGAUAUUAAGAAGAUGACAACUACUUGUUCCACCUGUUUGCAAUACUCGAAACAGCAAUCGAAAGAACCGCUACACCCUCAUAACGUUCCAAGUUUUCCCUGGCAAAAGGUUGGAACAGACCUUCUUGAGUACAAAGGAGCACAAUACCUGCUGGUAGCAGAUUAUUACAGUAAAUAUCCAAUUUUACGAAAGUUGAAUGGUACGACAUCAAAUGCUGUUAUCAACCAAUUAAAGUCAAUAUUUGCAGAAUAUGGAAUACCUGAAACGCUAGUAUCAGACAAUGGCCCACAAUAUAGCAGUCGAGAGUUUUCAACCUUCUGUAGCCAUUGGGGCAUUGGCCAUAGUACAAGCUCACCACUGUAUCCUCGAAGUAACGGUUUUGUAGAACGAAUGGUUCAAACUGUAAAGAACUUACUAUGCAAGUCGGAAGCUGCAG